CUUCAACGACCCUCUAUAUAUAUUCGUUGUCCCCUUUGUUGGCUCUGCCCUUUUCCCCUCAUCAAUACACAUCCCAUCAAAAAAAUGGCAGCAGUGGCACAGGAUUUCUCGAGCACGCCGGCAACGGCCAAAACCUCUGUCCCUCACCCUCUGUGCCCUUUGACCGCGGCGGAGAUUUCCACCACCGCUGAUCUGUUGAGGUCAGUAUGGCCGUCGACGGUCGACCUACGUUUCAAGGUCAUCACACUCGAUGAGCCUGCGAAGAAGUCCAUGGUUCCUUAUCUCGAGGCCGAACACAGCGGUGCACCACUUCCGCCGAUCCCCCGCAAGUCCUUUGUGUCAUAUUAUAUCCGCAACACAGAUCGUUUCCACGAGGCCGUCGUCAAUCUGACAGCCGGCAAAGUCGAGAGCAAUGUCCGACUGGGUCCCAACAUGCACGGCAAUGGAGACUACGACGAGAUUCUCCAGGUCGAGAAAAACGCCCUCGAAGAUGAAGGCGUCAAGGAGGCUCUCAAGAAGCUCCAAUUGCCUGCCGGCACGGUCGUCUGUGCCGAUCCCUGGAUUUACGGCUCUGACGGUAUCAACGAUGACGAGCGGCUGUACCAGGUCUUUUUGUACAUGAGGGACCCCGCCAACCCGGACGAGCUCGACAGCAACCACUACGCCUUCCCACUCCCCAUCUCUCCGGUCAUCGAGUGCAACGACUACAAGGUCAUCCGCAUCGACUACCUCCCCACGGGGGCGGACAACACCAUCCGCGAGCCACGGCCGUACGAGGCCGUGCCGGCCAACGAGUACAUUUCAGAGGCCCAGCCGCACCUUCGGCAGGACGUCAAGCCCCUCCGGGUCGUCCAGCCCGAAGGAGCGUCGUUCAAGAUGACCCCGACCGGCGAGACGGGCCAGACCCUGGAGUGGCAGAAGUGGUCGUUCCGCGUGGGCUUCAACCAGCGGGAGGGCAUGGUGCUGUACGACGUGCGCUACGACUCCCGCCCUCUGUUCUACCGCCUGUCGCUGUCCGACAUGAACAUCCCCUACGCCGACCCCCGGCACCCCUACCACAAGAAGUCGGCGUACGACCUGGGGGACGCCGGCGCCGGCGCCAUGGCCAACAACCUCAAGCUCGGCUGCGACUGCCUGGGCCACAUCCAGUACAUCUCGUCCGUCAUCGCCGACGACAAGGGCGCCCCCACCCCGGUCGAGAACUGCGUGUGCGUGCACGAGCAGGACGCGGGCAUCGGCUGGAAGCACACCAACUACCGCACGGGCCGGGCGGCCGUGGUCCGCAACCGCGAGCUGGUCCUGCAGAGCAUCAUCACCGUGUCCAACUACGAGUACAUCCUGGCCUUCAUGUUCAACCAGGCCGGCGAGGUCGCCUAUGAGGUCCGGGCCACGGGCAUCCUGUCGACCCAGCCCAUCGACCACGAGCUCGACCGGACCGGCGUCCCCUUUGGCACCGUGGUGCACCCGGGCGUGCUGGCGGUCCACCACCAGCACAUCUUCUCGCUGCGCAUCGACCCCAUGCUCGAGGGCCACCGGAACCGACUGGCGUACGACGAGGCCCACGCGGUGCCCGUCGACCCGGAGUGGAACCCCCACGGGGUGGCCUACAGCGUCGCCGAGACCGUGGUCGAGACCGCCGGCGGCCUGGACCUGAACCCCGACGCCAACCGGGUCUUCAAGAUCCAAAACUCCCAGGUGCGCAACCCGGUGAACGGGAAGCCGGUGGCGUACAAGAUCCACGCGCCCCCCUUCCAGAAGAUGCUCGCCGACCCGUCCUCGUUCCACUUCAAGCGGGCCGAGUUCGCCGACCACAACAUCUACGUCACCACCCACCGGGACCGGGAGCUGUACUCGGGAGGCUGGUACACGAACCAGUCGCGGGGAGGCACGGGGGUCCGAAGUUUCGCGGCCCGCCGGGACAGCGUCAAGGACCAGGACAUUGUCGUCUGGGUCCAGUUCGGCAUCAACCACGUCCCCCGCAUCGAAGACUUCCCCGUCAUGCCGUGCGAGAUCCUCAAGGUCAGCCUGAAACCGGUCAACUUCUUCGACAAGAACCCGGCCCUGGACGUGCCCCCCUCGGAACAAAACUUCAACCAGUCCACCUUGGUGAGUGAGAUGCACCGUCAACCCGCGACGGAGAUCAAGGUCGGAGAGGAUUCUUGUUGCGCCACCCCCGACGCCACCAAGAGUAAGCUGUGAGGGUUACGACCCACCAGGGCAUGACGUGAUGAUGAUGGGUGAUGGUUCUCUUUGUGUAGAUGGAAUGAUGAAAAGGGGCCCUAUACUUGUUGUAUUCCCCAGAAAACCAAAACCAAAACCAAAACCACAAAUGGUUCACAUAACUGGUGAGAAUGGAUUUCUUUUUUUUGGAUUGUUAGCAGUACAGUUGCAGUUGCACAAAGCAGAAACAAAAAAAAUGCAAGGCUUUCGAGAGUACGCUGCUUACUCGAAUUUUCUGCAAUAAGUUUUGUAUAUACUCCG